AGCGUGCCGGGAGCUGUAGUUCCGCGGCCGCGCGGCCCGGUUCCCCCGCCGCUUCCCCGAGGGGCGCGGCGGCUCCGCAGACCCGCUCCGGCCCCGCGGUGUCUCGGCGGGUAGCGCUGCUCGCCCCGGACGGGCAUGCGGCCGCUGCUGCUGCGGCGACUCCUCCCCGCGCUGUGCUCGGCGGCGGUCCGAGCCCUGCUCGCCCGGCGGGCCGUGCCCAUGGCGCUGCGGCCGGCGGAGGGAGCGGAACGGGACGGGGGCGAUGCCCGGAGCGCGGCCCCGGAGCUCGAUGGGCUGGAAAAUAUACAGCAAAAGAAAAUCUUUAAAGAGAAUGAGGAAAAAACACAACAGAGAGAAGAGCCAUGUGCUGCUGAUUCAGUAGACUCUCUAAUGGCAGAAAUGCCAUUUGUGGACACAGAUAUUGAAGAUGAAUGUGCUAUGCAUGCAACUUCUGAACUAAGUAUUAAGAAAAAAAGAAAGCGGACUACUGGAAGGGAAAUUGAAGAAGGCAUUGAGAGAAAGAAGAAAAAGAAUAAACAGUAUCAGCCAAAUUAUUUCAUUUCUCUUCCAAUUACUAAUCCAAAGAUUACUGGUGGUAUUCAGGCUGUCCAAGAUGCAAUAAUACAAAAGGAUCAAAGGCUUUCUAGAGCAAUGGUUCACCCUGGCUCAUUGCAUGUCACCAUGUUAGUGAUGCAUUUAUCCAGUGAAGAAGAAAUUAGCAUAGCAGUUGGUGCUCUUUCAGACAGCAAGGUUUUUGUAGAAGAUCUCCUGAAAGGAAAAAGAGUGGAUUUGUCUUUUCAAGGAAUUGAUCACUUCAGAAAUCAAGUUGGAUUUGUGAAUUUGGCAGAAAAUGAUCACACAACACUACUUAAGGAAAUAGCAGAGACUAUGAAAAAGAUAUUUCAAGAAAAGGGGAUCAUGGCAGGAGAAGAAAGAGCUUUUAAACCACACCUGACCUUCAUGAAGUUGUCAAAAUCAACAGAGCUACGUAAGCAGGUGAAAAAAAUUGACUCUAGUCUGUAUGAAGAUUUCAAAACCCAUUAUUUUGGAGAUGAGAUUUUGCACCGCUUUGAUCUUUGCUCCAUGUUGAAAAAAAAGCAACCAAAUGGUUACUACUUCUGUGAGUCCUCUAUUGUUUUUGGUGAAAAACAAGCAGCAGAGCCAGACGAUGCAGAGCUGGUGAGCCUCAGCAAAAGGCUGGUGGAGAAUGCAGUGCUGAAGGCUGUGCAGCAAUAUUUAGAAGAAACACAAAACAAAAGCAGGCAGACUGAUGGGAGCCCUGCAAAAACUGAGGAAGCAGCAAGCGGCAGCAAGAAUGAGAGCGACAAUGAUAACAGCAAGAAAGAGCCAUGAAGCAGACUUAGUAAAGGAAGCUUUACGCAGAGAAACACAGGCCCUGUUACCCAGACUGAAUCAGAUAAAGGAGCUGUUAAUGAGUCCUGAGAUCCGCACAAAAAUUAGCAAAGAACUGUUUGAAG